UUUUUUUAACCAUAAUAAAUUUAUUUACCAUUUCAAUAGGUGUGAAAAUGACAUCUGCAAACUUGGCAGUGGGAAUAUUACUCUUCUCCCAGAUUGUAAUGGGAAUGCUUGGCAAUUCCUCAAUACUAUUUUAUUAUGUCAUUUUGAUAUUCACUGGGAAGCAUUUAAUGCCGAAAGACUUGAUUAUAGAGCACUUGACAUUUGCCAACUGCUUGUCUAUUAUCUCAAAAGGCAUUCCACAGACACUGUCAGAUUUGGGAUUUAAAAAUUUCCUAGAUGAUAUUGGAUGUAAACUGAUAAUGUACAUUUACCGAAUAGUGAGGGGGAUGUCUCUGUAUGCCAUGUGCCUAUUGAGUUGCUUCCAAGCAAUCACAAUCAGCCCCAGGAACUCCAGGUUGAUGAUACUUAAACACAGAGCCAUGAAGUACAUUGGUCCUUCCUGCUUAGUCAGUUGGCUUGUGCACCUGCUUCUAAACAUUAUGACUCCAGUAAAAGUGAUAGGCCCCAUUUAUAGCAAAAAUGUGACGAACAUGAUGAGUUAUGGGUACUGCUCAUGGUUCACUUCCAGCAACGUUGCAACUGCAUUAUAUAUGUUCUUACUGUGCUUCUGUGAUGGCCUGUGUCUGAGUCUCAUGACAUGUUCAAGUGUUUCCAUGGUGAAUAUCCUCUACAAACAUAAGAGACAAGUCAAACAUAUCCACAGUGCUCAACAAUUUUUGAAAGUCUUGCCUGAGGACAAAGCCACCCAAAUUAUUCUUAUCCUGGUGUGCACAUUUGUCAUCUCUUACUCAAUAUCUUCUAUUCGUGUAAUCUUUACAAGCUACUCCGAGGGAUCAGUGCUAUGGGGAGUAAGUGUAUUUAUAUUUCUAGAAAUAUGCUUCCCCAUAUUUUGCCCCUUUGUGCUCAUCAGCAAUAUCAAGUGUAGUUUCAAACUGUUUUUACCCUGCUGUGGUAAGAGAUAGCUCCCUCCAAAUAUUACUUGAU